AUGAGCCCUACUCACUUACUUAAAGGAAAAGGCACACGGGAAGCAGCCUUCGUGAAUGCCAUCUCGGCGGCCGGCGUGGCUCAUGCGGUGACGAGGGGCUGCAGUAGUGGAGAACUGGAGAAAUGCGGCUGUGAUCGUACGGUGGGAGGUAACAGUGCAGACGGUUUUGUCUGGGCAGGCUGUUCAGAUAAUGUCGCUUACGGCGUCCAAUUCUCACAAACUUUCGUGGAUGCCAUGGAAAGAAAAACCCGUGCUACCCUUGAACGAAGGCUAAUGAACUUGCACAACAACGAAGCUGGAAGAAGAACAAUCGAAGACAACAUGCGGAUGGAGUGCAAGUGUCACGGCGUGUCCGGUUCUUGUGAGAUGAAAACGUGCUGGAAAUCGAUGCCGACCUUCGGCGACAUCGGCUACGUCCUCAAAGAGAAGUUCGACGGUGCCACAGAAGUCCAGUCCCUGAAGAUCGGAUCCAGGCAGCAGCUGGUCCCUCGCAACGCGGACUUCAAGCCUCAUACCAGCUCGGACCUGGUCUAUCUUGUGCCAUCCCCUGAUUUUUGCGAGGAGGACUUGAAGCUGGGAUCACUGGGUACUCACGGACGGCGCUGUAACAAGACAUCAAAAGCCAUCGAUGGUUGCGAGCUCAUGUGCUGUGGUCGAGGUUUCAACACUCACAUCGAAGAGGUGGUCGAACGAUGUAGCUGCAAGUUCCAUUGGUGUUGCUACGUCAAGUGUCGGAAUUGCCAUCGGACUGUCGAAGUGCAUACGUGUAAAUGAACGUGCGGGACCGAACUCGAGCAAGGCGCCGCGUACUGCAUCUUAUCGUGCGUGUGUGCACGUACGUCUACCUGAGACGAACGCGGUGAUUGUGAUUGGACAAUAUUUAUCAUCACGUGACGGACUGUCGUAACAGAUUUUUUAAACAGUAUUCCAUUUCAAGCAAGCGAGUUUUCCUGGCACAAAAUGGUAGACAUGGCCAUGGGAAGCGGGGUUGCUUCACCCCUGAGAUUUUCCUUGGGGUACUGCGUGUAUUAUUCUCCAUAUGCAGCACCCCCUAGAAUUCUGGUUGGUGUUAAAAAAUUGAGAAAUGUUAGCAAAACGAAAAUCUUUUUUUUUUUGUUGCUUGUCAAAUUUACAUCAGCAACCUCAGUCAAUAAAUCGUUCCCAGGGCCCUACUAUGGUAGAAACGUUUUGGCUGGAGACUUCAGGAGCAUUUUCUUGUACCGGUGUCAUUAUUUGAAAAGAAUUUAUUGAAAAAAAAAAUGUUGUUCAUUACUCCUUUGUUGUGUUAAAGCAUUCAAACAAGAAGAAAUUAAGGCCUUAAGACAUCUCUGAAUGCAUAAGUAAGAAUUGUUAUAAAAAUAUUUCUAACACGUUUAAAAUGAUAGUUGAGGGUGUCUAGCCUUUUUUGACGGUACAGAAUAUUGGUACGUGAAAUACUAAUGCCAGGACAAAACGGUGUACUCGUAUAUCAUUUUCUUUUUUUUUAAGUAUAAUGUUGUAAUUAUACCUAUUUUACUUAUCUCGGAGCCAAGACAGUGGGUUACGUUUGGCAAAAUGAAUGCCUGGUUACUUGUAUGUCCCUCAACCAAUAUCUAGGCCCUUCAUUCUUAUAUCAGUAUAAGAAGUUUUCUUGGGGUCAUCACUGGUUCAUUUUCAUAAUACAUUUGUGAUACUUACUAGUUACUAUGGUUACCUUAUCAAUAUUAAUCAUAAAUCUGGAAGUAAUCAAUUGAUUAAAAUAUUUAUGUUGAUGUCGGCUCGAAAAAGCAGAUGAGAAAACUAACUGCAAGUCAAAAGCAAACACAUGAAUUUCUUUACCUGUUGCAGUUGGAAAUGGUUUCAAGCUUGUCCAGAAUGAUUAAAAACAUUAUGUGAAAAUAAUCUUUAAAAAAAAACUAUGCAGUAGGUCUUGAAAAUCUUGUACAAAAUUGUACAAAAGUGAAGGGAGGUCUUAUUCGAACGCACGCUGCAAAGUACCAUUUAUCUAAGAUGCUGUUAACGAAUUCAGACUGCCCUCAGUAAUUACGUCCUUUCUAGGCGGAGGCAUGAUAUUUGAAUCUGUUUAAAAACAAAAUAAGUCAUCAUUUUCUGAAGACUUUAAUCAUUUUAGAACACAAUUAUUGAAGCAUUGUGUUUAUAAGUGCCUUAUGCUCUUGCCGAGCUAUUUCAUGAUUUACAAAAAGGUACUUUAUCGUUUGAACUGGUUUUUUUUUUUAUUGAAAUGUGUUUGUGUGGUGUACAAUUUAUUUUACGCAAAACAAUGUACAGUAUUUCUUGUUCAUAGGCCUACAUGUAUCUUAUUAUCAUUGUACUAUUGUAUAAAGUAAUUUUUUUGUAAUAUAAUGUCAUUAUAAUGUCUUCCCUUAUUAUUGUAUGUGAUAAUAUUUGAUACAAUUACGCGCAUGUAGCCAAAACUUAUGUUAUUAUUAUUCGAUGAUAAUUUUAUUAAUGUAUGGAAUAUUCAUCAAAAUUACUCAUUGUGUUAAUAGCAUGUAUUAUUCUUUUUUAGAAUUCUUUUGAUUCUGGUUUUUAUUAAUUGCAAACCACAACUUGGACCCCUACGAAAACAGCAUUUGCUAAUAGGCUUUUCCAUCCCACAAGUGGUAAAUGAAUAAAAUGAAUAAAAAAAUCGAAUCAAGUGUAAGAAAAUAAACACAAUUUCCGUUAGUAUGUCAUCCAUGCUGUUAAUUCCCGAAUCUUUUUUUUUCUUAGGGGAGGGGGGGGGGGGUGGGCUUGUGUUCUAUACCCUAACGAUAAAAUCCCCUUUUGCUAUUCUGGUAUUUUGUUUUGAAUUAAUCCCUUGAAUAUUUUGUCCGUAUUUUGAUUAUUUAAAACCCGUCAGCAAUAAAAAUCGGUUUUAAUUUACUAAAUUUUGCACUCGAUUUCUUUUAAUAAAUGUUAAAAUUAGUGAUGAAAGCUGUUAGCGAUUCUGAUAUUACUCGUUCAUUUUUGCAUAUAAAACUAAAAGUAGAUAUUUAUGAAAUAAAAAAAGGAAAAUGGCAUUAUUUCACCGUGAUGCUUAAGUUACAACGGUAAAAUUGAAGCAUUAAUAUUGGUGAAUUGAUAAUAAUUGAUACACUGCAAAAUUAUUAGUUGAUUUAAACUACACUAUUGGUGUAGAACGGCAACAGACACUUUACACCAGUGUCCAAUUUAUGGUAGCAGGUCAACGCCAAAUGGUGUAUAUGAUAACUUUGGUUUUAUAAUCUGAUUAGUUUUAUGUUCGGACUUCAAAGUGUCCAUUUAAGACCCGAGCGUGUUGUCCUUUAUUAACUUGGACUGCAUCUAAACACUAUAUUUUUAGAGUGAAGCAACAAAAGCGCGAAAAUAAUAAGAUUUCAAUGAAUUGCUUUAAUCCCUAUUCAUUUUGUGGUAAAAUUUCAAUAAUUAUUUGCAUUCUCACUUUUAAUAAUUACAAAAUCAAUUUAAAAAAUGCUGCAAAAAUAGAAAGAAAAGUUUCAAAGAAAAUUAUGCGUGGUUGAAUGUAGAGAAUUCUUUUUUCCCAUGACAUAAGUAUUUGUUAUUUAUAUUUCAAAGAUAAUGUGAUUGUAAAACACUAAGCGACCUUGGGUCUGUUUGUAAAAAUGUACUACUAAAGAACGUUGUAAUAAAGCAUUGAUAUUCGGGAUUUCAUAGAGAAUAAACAUUGUCUUUUGAGCAAUUUUUAUUGACUAGGUUUCCGCAGUCUUCCCGGGCAGCGUCCUGGGGCCCGUUGCAUAAAACUUUUGCCAUAAAAAAAACUCUGGAAAAUAAACAAGAAAUUUAUGCAACGGGCCCCUGGUGUAAGCGGUUCUGACUCUUGCCUUGUAAGCAGAGGGUCUUGUUUUCGAAUCCAACCGCGGCCUAACGUCCUCUGGCAAGGCGUCAAUCUACACUUUGCUGUGAGUCUCCACCCAGGUUUCAAAUGGGUACACGGUAGGAGGGAUACUAUGCCUGGUCAUUGAGUCUUGAAACUCUUGUUGGGAUGUUCCCCAGGGAGUGGAGAAAGUGCAUACAUUGUGUGCGCGCACAAUGUAAAGUGCUUAGUGACAUCAAUUAUUAGAGGUCAAGUCCAUCCCAGAAAAAUGUUGAUUUGGAUAAAUACAGAAAAAUCAAAUUAGCAUAAUGCUGAAAAUUUCAUCAAAAUCGGAUCAUGUAAAAUAAAAAAGUUAUGACAUUUUAAGUUUAGCUUAUUUUUCACAAAACAGUGUUAUGUACAAUUCAGUGACAUGCAAAUUAAACAGUCGGUGAUGUCUUUCACUUACUAUUUCGUUUGUUUUUAUUGUUU